AAAAAAAAAUUUUUCGUCAAGUUUUGUUUGUCAACAUUCCGUCUACAAAGCAAAAACGUCAAAAAAUCUUUUAUUGAUAAACAAAGUUUUUAGUUGUAAACUGCGCAAGCGAAUUUCCACAGCAACCCGCAAAAAAAUCACGGAAAAAUGUCAGAAACGGAGAAAAAGCAGCCCGAACCAGAGAUGAAAACUUCGGCGACGACAACUCCGACAAAAUCCACGACAGAAACGAAGACAAUUGACGCGGCAGAGGUCAAGGAACACAACAAAAAAGACGACAUUUGGAUCAUUUUGCGAGAUAAGACGACAAAAGUUGACAAAGUUUAUGACGUCACCAAAUUUCUCGAAGAACAUCCCGGCGGACGAGAAGUUCUACUUGAAGUAGCAGGCAAAGAUGCAACACAAGAUUUUGAGGAUGUUGGGCAUUCGAGCGCGGCAGAUGAAUUAAUGAAAAAAUUCUACAUAGGCGAUUUAACGCCAUCCACAGAAGCGAAAAAUGACGAAACAGUCGAUGCUGAAAAUGUUCCCGUUGCAUUUACUUCGUGCUUCAAGUCGUUCAGCGCGUUCAAAUCAAAGUUCGGAUUCAAGUAAUUAAGGUUUUUACGACGAAAAAUAAAUUUAAAUAUGCAUUUUUAUCGUUUCCGAAGCUCAAAAGUGACACAAAUCGAAUAUUUUUAAGCGGAAUGGUGCUUUUAGUUGAAUAUUUUUUAUUUUUUCUAAUUUUAAGAUGUAACUUAGGGAUCAAAAAGAGCAAAAAAAAUGCUCUGUUAAGAUUAAUUUAGUAUUUAGUAAAAGUGGCAAUUUAGAAUUAAUUAUAAGAAAAAAAAAUAUUG